UUACUGUUUUUUGGGGGGGCUCCUUCAGUCAAUAUGUGCAACAAAAUCCAGCUUGUUAGAGUUGAAAGACUUUAACCCUGGUCAAGCGCCCAUUGAGGAGAGUAUUAAGGAGUGUGCCCACCAGGCUGCCCGAUGACUUGCUACAAAACUUGGCACGGCCACCAUCUCUGCAAAUGAGGAAGACCACGGUGAGUCCGAGUUCAAGUCCUCGGGUGAUCCAAUCACGCAAAAGAGAACAAAACAGAGAAAAUUCACAGAGCAGGCUUGCCAGAAAUAAUCAAACAGACAAGAACAAUCAUCAGAUUCGGACGAAAACUCAUCAAUCUACCUUUACUGCUUACAUCAGAGCUGCAGCCAAGAAAGUUGCUGUAGUUUUCACUACCAUACUUUUCUGGCCAACAAGAAAACCCAACUCCAAGUCCCCUGAUGUUGGAAUUCCCAUUUCAGUAGAUAAUUCUGCAGUAAGCAGCAGCAGCAGCAAGAGCCGGUCCAAAUUCAAGUAUUCCGAUUCAUAUGGAUCUUCAUCUUCCAAGGCUGCAAGCAGUCAGGCGGGAACGAUUGCUUUUUCCAUGGAUGAAAUUUAUAAAGCAACUAAUAAUUUCUCUCCGGUGAAUAAAAUUGGAGAUGGAAGCUUUGGAACGGUGUACAAAGGGAAAUUGAAAGAUGGAUCUUUUGUUGCCAUUAAGCGCGCUAAAAAGGAUCUACACGAUAAACGCUUGUUCGUUGAGUUUAAGAAUGAAAUCCUUACAUUAUCGAAGAUAGAACAUCUAAAUUUGGUGAGGUUAUUUGGAUAUUUGGAGCAUGGGGACGAACGGAUUAUUGUAGUUGAAUAUGUUGCCAAUGGAACACUCCGGGAGCAUUUGGAUGGUAUGCGUGGAAAUGAGCUUGAAAUCGCUGAACGUCUUGACAUUGCAAUUGAUGUAGCUCAUGCUGUUACAUAUCUGCACAUGUACACAGAUCCUCCAGUAAUCCACAGAGACAUAAAAGCGUCAAACAUCCUCAUCACAGAGAAACUCCGUGCCAAAGUGGCUGACUUUGGAUUUGCACGAUCAGCUGUUGAAGAUCCGGGAGCAACUCACAUUUCGACUCAAAUCAAAGGAACAGCUGGUUACUUGGAUCCUGAAUACCUCAAGACGUAUCAACUUACUCAUAAGAGUGACGUUUAUUCCUUUGGUGUAUUGCUUGUAGACCUGAUGACAGGAAGGCACCCGCUUGAGCCAAGGAGGCCGGUCAAGGAGAGAAUAACUGCAAAAUGGGCAAUGCAAAGACUCAAAGAAGGAGAUGCAGUAGUGGCAAUGGAUCCAAGACUACGAAGAAGUCCAGGAUCAAUCAUGGUUGUGGAGAAAGUUCUCAAACUGGCUCAACGUUGCCUCGCCACUCAAAGACAAUCAAGGCCCUCAAUGAAAGACUGCGUCGAGGUAUUAUGGAGGAUUCGGAAAGAUUUUAAAGAGAACGUUUCCCUUGCUGCUUCCACUUCUCAUCAAUCUGAAAACAUUGAUUUAAGGAAGGUUAAUCGAAAUAUGUUUGGAAUUGAAGACAGUGACGCCUAUCAAUUCCGUUCUGCUUGAAUAAUUCAAUUGUGCAAAUUGUUGUUAUACAACUGUUUGGUUUUUUGUAUAUUCCCACAUUCUAGGCUUUGACAUGGUUUUUUGACUUUUAAGGUGGACCAAUAAGUGGUUACCCUUCGGCUUAUAAACUAGAUCAUCAGGAUGUGGGUGAGUCUGAUUUUUGUCAAAAAGCUUUUGUUAAAUGACUUUUAGUCUUUGUUCUAUAUUUCACUAAAA